UGAAAACGAGGAUGAACGGAUGUGGGCCUAAAAAGAUUUUUAAAAGUCAGAAAGGCAAAGUGUUGCAAUGGUUUUCUUACAUCUGAGGGACUCCAGAACGAAAACAAGAGUGCGGUUAGAAAAUUUCGACUUAUCGGAAAAUGUUGAAGUGCUGAGAAAAAGGGCAUCAGAAAUCACAGGACUGGAUGUAAACGAACAACAUAUGGUGUACUGUGGAAGAACAUUAGAGGACCAAAGGACAAUAUCCUCUUAUGGUUUAACUGAGGGCGUUACCAUAUAUAUUUUUCCAAAAAAUUUGAAGACACAGUCUGAAUCAAAUGAGAAAGAAACUGAAGAUGUGAAACCAACACAAUUAACAGAACUUUUAGAAAAAGCAAUGGAUAGUCCUCUUUACAAAGCCUCUGUUAAACGUGUUUUGCAAGAUCCAGAUGCCAUUGAACAACUCAUUGCUGCAACACCAGCUCUUAAGAAGGAUCCUGUUGCACUUUCACUGCUACGAGAUCCUGAGCUUUUGUUGCAAGUUGCAGAAACAGCAAAUGUGGCAAAAAUUGUUGAGCAGCACCCAGCUUUGGCACAAGCUGCAGGUCACAUCAUUGCAGCUGUAACCGAAGAUGUCAUGCCACUACCAAUUGAUAACUUAAACGAUGAGGAAGUUCGUUUGCAAGAAUUCGAGAGGGCAGUUGCUCGGGAGAUGAAUGCUUUCCGGGAUAUAAACACUUUACCAAACGAGGCCCAACAAAGGCAGACAGCACAGCAACAUCAAAUAUCAGCUGCGCAGCUUGCUAGGGCCCUUUCGCAAGCUGGGGUUUCUGGGGCUAUUUCAGGUCCUCAACCUACCCAACAAUCUCAACCUCCACCAGCAGUUUCUUCUCCUCAAGUUGUCCCCCCUCCACAAGCAGUCCCCCCUUCGCAAGCUGCUACCCCCUUGCAGGCGGCCCCCCCUCCACGAGUGGUUUCUCCUGGCCAGACGGCAAUCACGGCUGACUUCUUCAGCCAGGCCAUUGCAUCCGCAUUAGCAUCUCAAACACCAACGAACCAAGCGACUGCUGGCGACACACAGCACGAAGCUGCGCUCCAACAGAUGCGCGAUGUAGGAAUCAUGGACGAUAAUCUUAGUUUGCGGGCGUUACGACAAACUGGUGGCAAUGUCGAAGCAGCAGUUUCGCUAAUUUUCGAAGGCGAAAUCGAUUGAAAAUGUUAAUGCUGCAGGCAGGACGCGGCAUUUCUAUGCUUCAGACAAUCCUUCGCGUUGACAUUUCGUAGCAGGACCUGGUCCCCAAGUUGACUUGAAACCUCAUCUCCUUUAUUUAAUGUAUUAAAUAUUAACCUUUCUUGUGAAUAUAUGUGUUGGUUUAUAUUUAAAGAAUAAAAUGAUAUGUGAAAUAUGCUAAAUUCAAGAAAGAAA